GUUCUGGUCACUGCCUGCCCUGAUCAGGCUAGGAAAGAGGCCCCAGGCCACGUGGGAGCAAGCAGUACCCAAGUAUCCCGAGUUUGCUCCUUUCCCUCCAACUCUUUCCACCGACCAGAUAACUGUUGUGUAAUGAUCAUAGGAAGGCAGCUUUGGAGCUGGAAGGCCUCAGGCUUAUCAUCUCAUUUGACAAUAGACUGUGCUGAUGGGAGUCAGGAAGACCAAUCUUGCCCCAGGCACAUCAGAGAUGUGUGACCCUAGGCAAGUCACUUGGUUUUUUCUCAGCCUCUGGAUCCUCAUCUGUAUGAUGGGGCCAGUAACAGCCCCUAUGUUUUGUGAUGAUCAAAUGAGAUAGACUAUGUAAAGCCAUGUCACUGCUAGCUGAUGGGACCAUGGCACCGCCGAUCUGGGUCCUCCUGCUGCUUAGCCUGUCUGUCCUGCCUAGAUCCUGUUUAUCGGAGCCAGUCCAUGAUACCCUUGUGGAGGGGCAGAAACAGGAGAAAGUACCCCUGCUUCUCCUCCUCAAGUCAGGCAGCCAGGAUUCAGACAGGACACCAGUGGGUCCCACAGGGCCACCAGCAAACUCUGGGGCUUUGAACUUUCCCACAGACAGCGAGGAGCACCCCAGGAAAGCAGAUUCCUUCAUCGCUGGGGCUCCAACGCAUGCUCCCAUCCCGAUGGUGUACAGUUGCUUGAUGCCCUCAGAGAAGGCUUGGCAGAGAGUGGAGGUCAGCUGCAAGGAGACCCCCUCAGCAGAGCAGACCCACAAGCUGGCAGAGGCCAUGAUGGAGUUCACGUUAGAUCUGUUUGCUCAAGUCCUACAGAAAUCCACGAGCCCCAACGUGGUCCUGUCACCCCUCAGUGUCGCUCUAGCAUUAUAUCAUCUCGAACUAGGAGCCAGGACCAAGACGGUCCAGCAACUGCAAAAGGUACUGCAUGCCGAAUCUGUGUCCUGCCUGCACCAUACGCUGAAUGGCAUCCGCCAGGAGCUGGGCGGCACAGCUCUACGCAUGGCCUCCAGGAUGUAUCUGGAAAAAGGCUUCCCAGUCAAACAGGAAUUCCUGGAGCAGUCAGAGAAAUUUUUUGGUGCAAAGCCUGCCAUCCUAAAAGGGAAUGAGAAGGAUGACCUUCAGAUCAUCAACCAGUGGGUGAAGGAGGCCACAGAAGGGAAGAUUGAGAACUUCCUGGUGGAGCUCCCAGCGAACACGGUGAUGCUACUCCUUAAUGCCGUGUAUUUUCAGGGUUUCUGGAAGACCAAGUUUGAUCCCAGCCUGACCAAGACUGAUGUUUUUCACCUGGAUGAGAAGUAUGUAGUCCCUGUGGUAAUGAUGAAGGCCAAGAAAUACCCUCUGCGUUGGUUCUUGCUGGAACAGGCAGAUGCGCUGGUGGCCCAGUUCCCUUUCAAGAACAACAUGAGUUUUGUGACUGUGGUUCCCAGCCAGUUUGAGUGGAAUGCCUCCCACGUGCUGGGCAACCUGAGUGGGGCUGCCUUGCACCAGCCUUUCAUGAAGGAGAGGCCCACGGAGGUGAUGCUGCCCAAGCUGCACCUGGACCACCAGAUGGACCUGGUCUCAACCCUUGGCCAGUUGGGCCUCCAAGAACUGUUCCAUGAUCCAGACCUAAGUGGGAUCUCAGAGAAGAACCUUGUGGUGUCCAGCGUCCAGCACCGGGCCACUCUUGAGCUGGACGAGGCUGGCGUGGAGGCGUCUGCUGCCACCAGUGCAGUCAUGUCCCGCAUGUCCCUCUUCUCUGUCAACAUGAACCGGCCCUUCCUCUUUUUCAUCUUUGAUGAUGUUACCCACCUUCCACUCUUUGUGGGCAGUGUCAAAAACCCCAACCCCAGUGGGCAGAAAGAGAUCAAGGAACAGCGAGAUGCCCCUGACAAUAAGGAUUUCCUCCCAGGACAGAAAUUCUUUUUUAUGAAAGACAAGUUAUUUGGCCCCAACUUGAAAUUCUCUCCCCCCAUGGAGGAAGAUGACUACCCUGAAGUCUACAACCCCAAGUGAAGGCAGGUGCCUUCUAGUCCUGUGCCCUGUAGUCCAACCUGAGUUUCCCCGCUGAGGUUGGCUUUGGGGCAGGGACUCUGACCUCUUGUGACUGUUUCUGACCAGUCUGCCAAUCUGGGAUGAGGCACUGUGCCAGGGGAGGGGUUUGGGAUCAAGAAUAGAGAUUAAGUGGGACAGGGGAGGAGAGGAUGAGAAGAUCCCAUUCCCUUCCCUUCUCCUUGGGGUAAUGGUGGGGCUGGGGUGGGAGGGCAGGAAGGGGGAGGGCAUUAAGAAAAUGUAGGCUGUUGGGGGUGGGAGGGAUGAGCCACUUUAUCUUCCUGUGUUAGCCAUUGCAAAAGGGCUGGGAGGAUUUUUCUGGGGCUUGGGGCCUGCACACUAAUUGCCAAUGACAAAGGUCAUUCACAAAAGAAAGUGCAGCACUUCACCACUUGUUUACAGUUAUUCUGGUAGAGGACGUAGGGGUACAGAGGUGAAUGGUGAGGGAGGGAGCAAAAACUGCUUGGUGCCUCUUCUGACAGUAUAGGACCGGGACAAACCCGCCAGUGUUGGUGGAACACAGAGCCACCUUACCCUGAGGAAAGGGCUGCCUAUUGGCAGGGGCAGUGGGAGAAAAAAGAUGGCAAUUGACUCAUUAGAAUCACAGAUCCUAGAUUUGUAGCCAGGAGGGACCUUGAAGAGCAUGUAGUUAAACUUCCCUCAUUUUACACCUGAGCAAACAGGUCCCAAGAGACAGAUGUGUCCAAGAUCACAGUAGCUCUGGUCUCAUGUACCCCAUAGCACCAGCAGCAUUGGAGCAAGAUCAUCUGAAUGGGUUUUAGUCCUGGCUCUUCUGCAUGACUUUGGGAUGGUUAACUGAAGACUAGUAGAUUAAAUAAUCCCCAAGUCUCCAUCUUGCCCUAAUGUUCCCAGAAUUGAUGGCCACAUCAAGGUGAAAUCCUGAGCAAAGGAGACCCUCAUUGACUUAGUGGCAUGUUCUCCCCAUCUCGCAGCAACCCAGGCCUGACCCCCCUCACCUUGCCUCACCUCUGGCCAUCCCCAAGGAUCCCAAAGUCACCAGAUUGGUUCUCCUUCUCUCCUCUGAGUACUGUUUGUAGUGGCAGGGAGGGUGGCUGGAGGCUUGUUUUGUAAAGUUUUUCUAGUGAUUUUUAUGUCUUCUGAAUAAUAAAGAAUGAAUUGGC